GGCCAGCGCCGGCCCCGCCCCGCCUCGCCGCGGCGGGGAUGGCGGCGGAGGACGAGGCGGAGCUGAGCCUGCUGGAGUGCCGGGUGUGCUUCGAGCGCUACGGCCCCGGCGGGGAGCGGCGGCCGCGGAACCUGCCCUGCGGGCACGUCCUCUGCCGGGGCUGCGUGGGCGCUCUGAGCGGCCCCGAGCGCCGGCGGGUGGAGUGUCCCUUCUGCCGGCGGGCCUGCGGCUCCGCCGAGACCAGCGACUGCCUCCCGCUGCUGCAGCUGCUGGAGGUCCUGGGCCCCGCCGGCGACAGCGUCCCCUCGGCCUUGGGGAGGAGCGGCGGCGGAGAGGCGGCCGGGCCGGGCCCCACGGGCCUGGGGCUCCGGCUGUCGCUGGGAGGCUGGGGGUCGCUGGUCAACCCCACCGGGGUGGCCGCCUGCCGGAGGUCGGGACGCCUGGUGGUGGCACACGACGGCAAGAAGAGGAUCCACGUCUUUGGGCCGAGCGGAACCUGCCUGCAGCGGUUCGGGGAACGGGGGGACGCGGGCAACGACAUCAAGUACCCGCUUGAUGUGACGGUGAUGCCGGACGGGCACGUGGUGGUCACCGAUGGCGGGGACCGUGCAGUGAAGGCCUUUGAUUUUGAUGGAAGGGGGGUCCUGGCUGUCCGGGAAGGUUUCUGUUUGCCUUGGGGUUUGGAUGCCACCCCCGAGGGCGAAGUGAUCCUGACCGACUCGGAGGCAGGAGCUCUGUAUCGCCUGACGGCCGACUUCAAGAAUGGGAAAUUGAAGAAGUGUCAGAUGAUCCGGUCUCAGCUCACCAGCCCCAGAGGGGUUGCAGUCUCCCAGACCUUGGGUGCUGUCGCAGUGAUAGAGCACCUGAAAGCUCAAGGACCGAACAGCAGCAGCACCCGAGUGAAGAUAUUCAGUGCAGAGAUGGAUCUUGUUGGCCAGAUGGACAGCUUCGGUCUGAACCUCGUUUCCCCCUCCAAAAUAUAUACUACAGCUGUGGCCUUUGACAAAGAGGGUCGUGUUAUAGUAACAGAUGUCUGUAGCCAGGCUGUAAUAUGCUUAGGGAAACCUGAGGAGUUUCCCAUCUUUAAUCCUCUAAUUAGUCACGGGCUUUCAUAUCCUGUAGGACUGACUUAUACAGCAAACAAUUCCCUCGUCAUUUUAGACAGCGGUGAUCAUUCAAUAAAAAUAUAUAGCUCCACGUGAACAGGUUUAGGUGCUCACUGCUAUGGGUACAAGCUGCUUUUGGCUAUAAAGCAAGCAAAGUUCUGGUGUUGGUAGGUGUCUAGAGAGGAGGCGUUUUCUGGGCUUUAAGUGAAAUUGCUGUCUUUGGCCAACACGCUGUGCUUACUGCGAAACUUCCAUUGAGUCUUUUGCCUAUCCGCAAGAAAAGACCUGGCAGUUGCAGGCUGUAGCCAGCAGUUAAUUUGGCAUUUUAAAAGUAUUUCAUUCCUUGACAACCAAAUGUUUUUGGUACUUUUUGAUGAGUAAUAACAAUGACAUUUGGAAUGGAGUAAUCAAAGACUGGCACCUGGGCGAGGAAGUGAUGCAUUGUUUGUUUACCUUUCCCAGCACAUAGUUUUCAUUAUUGCUCAUUAAGCAUAGAUACGCUUAUUAGAGUGACAGAGUGGUUUCUGUUUCCAGGAUUUCUGCACGAGAAAGGAGACUGGCUUGGCAAAACCAUAGGAGAAACAGAAGCUUCAGUUCAAGGUCGCCCGAGUCCAGCUAAGAUCAUUGCUAUGGAGGAGCUACCACUGCUUAGUGCCUAAAUUGAGAAGCCUUAAAGAACUGUAUAAAACCAUGUAUUAAAAAUUCUGAGUUCUUCAGCAUAUAAGGGAAAAUGCAGCAGUAAACCUGAAACCUUUAUUGGGUCACACAGGAGAAUUUAAGAGAUAAUGGGAGACAGAUCCACCAAUAUGCAGGCUUUCUCUAGAGUGCUUCUGUAGUAUGACCUGUAUGAUUCUCCUGGACAGCUUCAAAGCACUGGAGAGAUUCUCAGACAAUGCAGCGCACUUACGCCUUUUUCUCACCACUGCUUUCCAAAAGAUCUGCAGAUAUUUUUGAACUUGGCGCUCCAGCCUCUGUUUGAGGCAAACACAAUAUAAAUGUUCUGGCCCUGCAGCUGCAGUCAAGAGAAGUCUUUGGCAGACUUAAGACUAGAUCUCAGACUUCCCAUUACAUGGUUGGUGCCUUAAUAAAGCAGGGAGUGUCUGUGUUUAAUUAUCCUCUUGUCUGGGAGUUGCCUUCCUGAUUUUGGAGGAAGUUUUAACACUUUCCUUAUGACCUUGUUGUUACUAAUUCCUUUGGUGUGUCCUACAAACCAUGGAAAUUAAUACUUUUCUAAACCACGGUGUAUUCCUAUACAAUUGCUUCCAGUGUGCUCCAUGAAGGUGCGUGGUUUCAGAGUUUUGAAAUGCUCUGGAAGGAGAUGUACUGCUGUGAAGCCUCACAGCGGUGAUCAAGUUGUUUAUUUCAUGUUGAGGAUAGAAAGGAGGAGAAGAGAUUGACACUGAAAAGGAGAAAAAAAAAAAGAAAGGUGUCUGUGGCUUAAGCAGGGGGCGAACUCCACCAAGGCAGACCACAGAGCACUCCCAUGCAUUCUUAGGAGGUGAAGCAUUUUAGCCUGGAAAAUGGACAAGAUUAUAAGGGCCAUUGCCUCUUGAUUAUUAUUGACCUCUGGCAGGGGAAUAACCUACAUUUGAACAGAUUUCCCAGACACAAUUAGGCACUUUUCAGAUGGUAAUCCUUAGGAGAGCUAUCACUUUCAGCUCUGUAUCUGUAACAAAAAUCUGUGGGAAAUGAAGAUUUGGAGCAAACUAAGCACUUUAGGGAAGUAUGCUCACUAUAAUUUAAUAAAUACAUAUAUAAUAUUUUUCUAAAGAUCCCUCUUUAGGCAAUUUUUGUUCUUUGUUCGUAGGUUAGCACUAUAUGGGCAGUGAGUUGAGGUGAGAACAAAUCCUGCUUUCAUUGAAUAUGUUGUUUUUUAAAUCAGCAAAAUUUUGCUAGACAGAAGAUUCUGUAAACCAUUUAAAAUACUCUAAAUAUAGUUAUAUGCUUCAUAAUGAAUAAAGGCUAGGCAAUUUUAAGCAGGAUAUAGUAUUAGAGAGAGACAAUUAUAUCUGGGAAAAUGAAAUAAUUUAUUUUGAGAAAACUGUGAAGGUGUAAAAAAAAAAGGCAAAAAGAUAAGCUGUCCUUUCUGAAAGCUUGCUUUUGAAACUGUUAAUACAAAGAAGAUGAUCUUGAAAGAAUGAUGAUCACACCUACAUUUUCACAGGAAGUAACUCAUUUACUGUUCUUUGUUCCAAAUAUAAAUAGAUAAAAGAUAAAACCUGAAGGAAAGUAUUAAUGCUCACCCAGCAUGAUUUCCUGAAUAAUAUGGGCUGUGGAAUUUAACCAAUAUCAAAUCAGUAUUCAGUAACUACUGACCUGUAUUGAAAGUAAGAAACAGAGAACAAAUGUGUCUUUUACCGUCGCAGACUAAGGAGCUAAUGUGAGAAGAAAUGUAAAGUCAUUAAAGAUAUGCUUUAUAAGAAAUCUCUUAAAAAGAGUCAGAUUAAGUAUUAAAAAUGUAUAAUCAUUUCCAUAUGAAAAGGAUGUGCCUGGCUCCUUUAUUUGUCAUUGUCCUUAAUUAGGUAGGAAACAGGGCUCUUCAGUGAGUUCUGCACCAGCUUCCUCUCAACUUACAGCAUGAUACUAUGGAGCCAGAAGUAUUUCAAAUAUAUGUAUUAGUCUUUUUCUAUUCUCAUUAUUCCUUAAAGUGACUUGUUUGAGUUGAGGCUUGCUCUGUCAUGAAUAGUUUAUCUGUGCAGUCAUGAGUACAGCAAAUGGAAUUGUCCACAUAAAUAAACGCUGCAGGACUGGGCUUGAAGUCAAGGAGAUUCAGGCUAGUGCAGAGGUUUGCCCUGGAGGAGCCUUUGCAACAGCCUUUAUUAUGACAAUUUCUGGGAAUGCUGCUUUGUUUUUUUUACGUGCUGAAAGCCCUGUAGAUGUUUAGAAUAUAUUAUACCUAAUUAUGACUUUCAACAUCAGAAAUCUUUUGUGGAACAAACUUAAUGUAAUGGUGUAGCUUGUCUCACUUAUUCCUUCGUAACAUACUGAACACUUGCCUGGUUCCUAACACUCCAUCAGACUAAGUGGAUCGGUAUCACACCCUGCUUUUGGGAUGCGUGGUUGCUUCAGUAACCAGCAAUCUGGAGCAAGACUCACUCUGGACUGGCAUCAGUGGAGACCUUAUACCUGAAAUGCUCUUGCAGACCCUGAGGAGGAGGAGGUUACUUGUCUUAGCCAGUAGGUUAGGAAAGUUACAGCAUUUUCACUAUAGUAGAGAUGACAUUGGAGGUUUUAGGUCCCAAGAAGAUUAUGUGAAAAGAUUUCUAAGGUUGCAGGGUAGCUAGCCACUUUUUGUUUGAUUUCAGAUGGAGGAAUGCUGGCCUUUAAAGACCAAGUGAAAAGAGCACUGUUUUUUCCCUAGUAUGGCAAGUGACAUUGAAGGUGUCCCAGGUCUAGGAUUAGAACUAUGGGUCUAUUUAUCAUUUAUUUUGUGAUAUUCAUAAAGCUGUUCAGUAUUUGGAUGGUGUUAUCAUUAAAAUGCAGCUGAUAUUAUUCUUCCCAUAUUUCCACUGUGUCAGUGUUACUGAGAUAAAAACCAAACCCAGCAUCUCAGAAAAAGUAUACCUUGAAAGCAAAAGUGAAUCUUGUUUUUCUUUUAUCUCUCUCACUGGAGAAAUAAAACCCAUGAAUUUUCUUAAAA